AUGAUACGCGCCGCCCGACUAACAUUAUCCAGCUUCACUGAAGAGGUCCAUGCAGCACAGGAUUCUCGGAUUGCCAUCCCGCCAAGUGUGGACCUAGGAGAAUCUAGCAGUGUCAUCGCGACUAGCAAGCCCAUAAGACCAGGCGCACAGCAAAAACUCACUGGAAAAGAUUAUGGUAGUAUUCCGGACGGAUUGCCUGAGAGGAAGGCUGAGAGGAAUAGGAUGGAAAAAGAGCGUGCGGAAUCUGAUAAACAGAUCCAGUUACUCGAUCCGAAACUCGAUGAAGAAUCCAUCGCAAUCAAAUCCGAACUAGAACGGCUUCACUAUAUUCUCAGAACGCCCACUACAGAUAGGGUGUAUUGGCUCAAGGGACUCGACACACCAGUCAAUUUCCUUCUUCCCAAAUCAACCCCCGAAAGAAGGGCCGCCAAAAUUUUUAAAAUCCUCAAGAAACUGAUUGCGUUGGAUAGACUGGACUCGCUUCUCAAGUCGCAAACCAAGAACAUCUCCGCCGAUCCUCCUCACAUUCCGCAUGGGCAACACUUACCAACAACCUACUCUGCAUCCCUGGUGCCUAGUCAAGACGGAUCCCUAGUUCUUCCCAUUGGACAAGGGAUUCCACUUGGGAAGUUACCGAUUCACAGUGGCACAAGGCGCAUACUGCAUGGGGAUGUGCUCAGCUUGAUAAAAGACAAGAUCAUUGAUGAAUCAAUUCUUACUUGGAACUCCUUACAAAAAAAGCUCAUCAAUUUUUCGAAAGAAUCUCCUGAUGACACAAGAGUAGACUUCCAGCUUGACUUCUUGAAAUCGUUGUUCCAGUUGGGAGAUCAGAUCGUCAGUUAUCGACUGCUGCCCUCAGAGUUCAUCAACAGCAUCGAAAUCUUCAAGCCAAAAACUCUUCCACAGAUGCUUAAAUUUCAUAUUGACCUUAUGUUCCUCAAGCAUGGACCCAACUUUUUUGCCGCCCAAGACUCGCUGGUUCCUCAACUAGAAUUUUUGACAAAUGGCUUGGCUGUGAAGCACUUUCAUAGACCCAUUAAAGCGCUAUCAGCAGAAGACCAGGAGCAUGUCGUCUACCUUGCCCUGAGCACUACUUUGCACCAUAUCAUUGAAUGCUUCCCGGAUUCGCAGUUGACUCGAUCGUUCCGAACGAUCGCCGAAGGAUUUCGCAAGCCUGAGUUUCUUGAGCAAGCGCGCAGUCUUUCCUUGGCACUACUUGAUGAACCGGAAAUUCAGCAUCAUGUCACCGGUAAUUAUGUUUUACUCGUAGACACAAUGGAUACUCUGUUCAGCUGUUUUCGAUUCCGAAUCCCGACAACGAUGCUAGUCCAAAGCCGAAUAGAAUUUCAAAUGAUUUACUACAUCUUGGAGUUUAUUGAUGAAUAUUACAAACCGAUCUUAGUGAGAUUACUAGGAAUCUGGGGAAGUUAUCAACUUCUUGCCAAACAGCUCAAAUUCAUGAGGAGUUACCUAAAGUGUUUCCGGAAUCGAGAUCAAUAUCCCAGCUACAUGUACAAAAAUUUGGAUAUGUCCUUUGUCACAGUUUUCGAUGCCCAGCUUCAGCCUUGGAUUCAAGAGCGCCUUAUAGACGCAUUCAAUAACAAGAGCUGGUUGAAGAUCCGGGGAACGGUCCCCCAAAAGAAAUUCAACACCUGGAUGAGUCAAUUGUGUGAGGUGAAAUUAUUAAUUGCUCAAUUGUAG